GUGAAUUCGGCGAUUUCCCGUUAUAUUUCGAGUAUGGAGAGUUAAAAAAAGCUACCAAAAACUUUCACUCAGACAUGUUGUUGUGGCGAGGAGAAUCUGGCUGUGUUUAUAAAGGAAGGAUGCAUGAACACUAUCUCACCGCAAGUCAGCCUGGUUGUGGAAUUACUGUUGUUAUCAAGAUGGUGAAUCUUAAAGGUUUUCAAGGAAAAAAGGAGAAGUUUCUGGAAAAAUUUCACUACUUGAGUCAACUUCGUCACCCAAAUUUGAUCAAACUUUUCGGAUAUAGCUUUAUCGAAGAUAGAGUGAUUCUGGUAUCUGAGUUCAUGUGCGAAGGAAGCUUGGAAUACCACUUGUUCACGAGAGAGAAAAGCUCCCUUAAUUGGAAAACAAGAGUCAAAGUGGCUAUAGGUGCUGCAAGAGCUAUUGCCUUCUUGCAUGACUUGGGAAAACCGGUCACAUAUCGAGAUUUUAAGAGUAGCAACAUUCUUUUAGAUGGUGACUUCAACACCAAGUUGUCUUGCUUUGGCCUUGCAAGAGAUGUUAGGGGCUCAUACGGAGCUGCUCCCGAGUACGUGGCAACAGGCCAGUGGAGCACGAGAUGCGAUGUGUACAACUUUGGAGCCGUUUUGCUAGAAUUAAUAACAGGGCUUCGAAUUUAUGACCCUACUCGGCCCGCGGGAAAGCGUUAUCUAAUGCAUUGGGUAAAACCGUAUUUGAAUGACGAAAAAAUAGUGCCCCAAAUUGUGGAUACCGGAUUAAAGGGAAAAUACCCUCGCAAUGAAGCAUAUGAAGUGGCCAAGAUAUGUCAACAAUGUCGGAGUGAAGAGCCAAGUUUAAGACCAAAAAUGUGUGAGGUUGUAGGUGUACUUGAAAAACUGUUAUAAGUAAUUAAUACCCAUGUAUGGUUUGAUGCUUCUAGAAAAAUA